AUGUCUAGCGAACAACAAAGCAAUGAAAAUUGCUCAACCAAUAUACUACUCCAAGAGACAGAAUCAACUAAAAACCAACAUGAACAACCAGCCCACAAACGAGCAAGAAAUGACAGCCCUGGAGAUGAUAAACAACUAAAACAAACAAUAAUGAGCGAUUACUGGCUCAAAGCACCCACACCAACGUCUAAUCGAUUUGCUAGCUUAGAUGAAGUACCUGAUGAGACCAACCAAACCAGAACUGAAGCAGUUAAAGAAAAUAUUCAACCCCCACCCAUAUUUGUUUCAGAUGUAGGUGAUAUACAACCUCUUCGACAAUUGUUAGAAACAAUAUCCCCUCUGGGAUAUUCCAUCAAAUGUCUCUAUAAUGACCAAGUAAAGAUCCAGCCCUCAACUUCUGAGUAUUACCGAAACAUAACCAAAGUACCCAAUGAGAAAAAAACACAUUAUUACACCUACCAAACUAAGGAAGAAAGAAAAUUCCUAGUUGUGCUUCGUAAUAUGCAUCAGACAGCAGAUAAAGACGCUUUAGUACAUGAGCUAGGAUUAAUGGGUCACGAAGUAACCAACAUAGCUAAUAUAUACAAAUAA